AUGGCUGGGGAGCGACAAAUGAGCUGCGAGGGAUAUCGUGCUAUAGAUUUGGGAGCAAAAGGUGUUGUAGUGAAGGUGAUUAAUAGCCAUGGUUUCAAGGGCAAGAUUAUCAAAAAAGAAGGCUGUGGCGCCAUCUGGAAAUGGAAGAGCGCCAGAUGCCAUUGCCAAUGUGAAUGCAAGCGAGAGGAGACAAAACCUCAUAUAGAGGCUACUGGCGCAGAUGGUGCUGAGAUUGGGACUGGGUCCCAGCAAGAUGAAGUCCGGCUACCAAAGUCAGGGCUCCAAAGAAGAAAAAGAAGACUUCACCGAUUUGGAAUCAUUUCACUGAAUUGCUUGUUGAAGAAAAGGCGGAUGGCAAUAGUAAUCAUGAAGAUGGCAAUGACAGCAUUAUGGAUCGUGAUGAUGGUGACAACACUAUGGACCUAG